AUGAAUCACAACAAUGAUAAUAAUGACAAUGACAUUGUAGAGAUAUCAAUGUCUACGAUGUUGACACCAGAGGGAGAGGAGAUUGAUUAUGAAACUCCACCUCAAGGCGAUGAAGAUAUGUUCUGCGAUGUUGGUCAAUCAUCAGAUGCAAUGGCAAUGGUCGACAUGUCAAUGUUGAUCGGACAAGACAAUCAACAAAUGUUGGAAGAGGAGAUACUAGACUUUAACGAGACACCUUUACUCAAUGAUAUAAUCACAGCAAACAACAAUAAUAACAACAAUAAUAGUAACAAUGAUGGUCAUAGACAUGCACACAAUCAUCUUCAAAUUGGCACUCAACAACAUUGUCAUUGCGUCGACAUUGACAGCUUCAUUGAGUUGAUGACCACGGAGAACCCUUACAUCCUGUCUGGCUUUCGCGAGUUCACUACUCGCUCAUUCAAACAAUGUACCAAGAGUGUAUUCAUGUUACACAAUGAUACAGGCAACAUAUGGACACACUUGAUACCAGCGAUACUAUACCUUGUUGUGUUUGUAAAGGACUUGUUGGCGGCGAUGCAUUUGAUACCUGAUCGUCACCAGGAUAGACAACAUACUCCAAUGUAUUUGAUGAACUUGUUGUUCUUCUUGGCGACAUGUUUCCUCUGUUUCCUGGCAUCAUCAAUCUAUCAUACAUAUCGAUCACAUUCUAUAACAGUGUACAAAAGAACAUUGAUGUUGGAUGUCUCAUUCAUUGGUCUACUCAUCCUCACCUCUGUCAACCUCAUCAUCUACAGUGAGCUCUACUGCUUCCCCAACAUCCGCUCACUCUUCCUAUUCUCAUUCCUCUUCCUAAUAGUCACAGCACUAUCACUAUUACCAAAGAUGAUGAGAGAGAAGAAGUUCUCAUUGAGGACAUUUGUAUUCUCAUUCUUGGCAUUGCAGGGAUUGGUGUCACAUAUGCUCAGGUUGUAUUUGGAGAGUGGAGGCAUGAGUAGUGAGCCAUACACAUUCGGCAACGACAGCAAUUUCCAAUGGCUACUAUUAUCAUAUGGAUUCUUUGGUAUUGGAUUAUCAAUCAGACGUCUUAGAUUCCCAGAGAUACUAGCACCUGGCAAGUUUGACAUAUUCGUCUCAAGUCAUCAGAUAUUCCAUGUAUUGGUAGCACUUGGUACUCUGUUUAUCUUUAAGGCUUAUGGCAAUGGGACUGAAGUGUGUCAAGUUUACAUGUAG